AUGAACUGGAUCGGCCUCCUCGUCCUGCUGACCGUGGCCGGGCUGGCACAGGGGACAUGGGACAACUGUGGAUGGACUUGUGGACUCCGACCCAUGGUGUCUGACUCUGGGUACAAGAGUCAUGACUACGGCAUGACACGCAUCGUGGGUGGCAUAGAUGCCAAGGCAGGGGCCUGGCCAUGGAUGGUCAGCAUCCAGCAUCCCAAGAUACCAGGCACAAAGCAUUUCUGUGGAGGGUCUCUCAUCAGAGCAGAGUGGGUCCUCACAGCAGCCCACUGCUUCGACCUUAUUUUUAACACCAGCUUGAUGUAUGUGGUGAUUGGUGCCACUCAAUUGACUCAGCCAGGACCUGGAGCACAAGUGCGCCAAAUUAAGAAGCUACUUCGUCACGAAAACUAUAAGAGACGUGACAUGAGCAACGACAUUGCUUUGCUGGAAUUGAGCCAGCCUGUCCAGUGCAGCCCCUACAUCCAGCUGGCCUGUGUGGCCGAUGCUAUCCUAGGAAUGUCAGUGUCACAGGAGCAUAACUGCUGGGUUGCUGGCUGGGGUGCCACCACUGCAAAAGCUCAAAACUCAAGUGAUCACCUGCAGGAGGCCAUGGUGCACCUCAUCAAUAUCCAACUAUGCAAUAGUACCUUCUGGUACGCAGGGGAACUUCACCCGUACAACUUGUGUGCUGGUUACCCACAGGGAAACAUCGAUAGCUGCCAGGGUGAUAGUGGUGGUCCUCUCAUGUGCCAGGACAACAACGCUGAGUACUGGUGGGUUGUUGGAGUGACCAGCUGGGGAAAAAGCUGCGGCAGAGCAAGGCGGCCUGGAGUCUACACAUCCACUCAGUACUUCUAUGACUGGAUCCUAGUCCACAUGGGCAAAAAGAAUAUUCAAAGUGUUUCUUGA